AGGGCUGCAGAUGAGCUGUGCAUCCAUCCCACAAAGGAAACUUUUCUUGCAAUGGCCUGAAAAUAAACGGGUCUUUGCUGAGCAUGCGCCCUCUCCUUCAAUCGCUCCAUUUUUCACAGCGAGAAGAAAAAAAAAAAAAAAAUUAGAGGACCUGGGGAAGGAGGAAUGGAGGCUGCCUUCCCAGAGCUCUUUCCUAUCCUCAUACUGACAAUUUCCUGAAUUUCUGCCUUUCCGGGACCCUAAAUAUCGUACAUUUUUUUACCUUCUACCUUGCCGUAAGAGGGGUGUGGUGAUCGACUUGCAUCCUCACCAAUGGACCUGGUUGGUUUUGGUUAUGCAGCCCUGGUGACAAUUGGAAGUAUUUUGGUAUAUAAGCGAAGAGGUGGAGUUCCAUCUUUGAUUGCUGGUCUUUCUGUUGGGUUUUUGGCUGGCUAUGGAGCCUACCGUGUCUCCAAUGACAAACGGGAUGUCAAAGUGUCAUUGUUUACAGCUUUCUUCCUGGCCACCAUAAUGGGUGUGAGAUUCAAGAGGUCCAAGAAAAUAAUGCCUGCUGGUCUGGUUGCAGGCUUAAGCCUGGUGAUGAUCCUGAGACUGGUCCUACUGUGGCUUUAGCAUCUAGGGGAGCCAAGAGCCAAACUCCCAUCAUUCUACUGGACCUGGCAGAGCAGGUUCUUGUGUUUAAAAGAUCGAUUUCAAUAGGUAGUAAAUGUCUUACACUGAAACAAAAAUAAUGUUGUCAUCCUAAUAUUCAAAAACUAGUUGGCAAUAUUUGUUUGCUCCCCCCCUUUUUUAAAGCACAAAUUUUAGCUGUUUCUAUUUGUUAAUCCUGGUCUUUAAUGAGUUGUUGUGUAUUCAUUUGUGUGUCAUUUUGUGUGUGGAAUUUGGGGGCUUACUGUCUUCUACUUCUGACAAUUCCAAACACUUAUGACUCAAAUAAGUUAAACUGCAUCCCGUCAGGUAAUGGGAUUCCCAGAGUGAACCACAGGCUGUUGAGUUGUAUGUCACUUUGGUACAUUAGGAAUUUGUCUGUAUUUUUGCCAGGGGUUUUUGCAUUGAAGGAAUUCCAUUCUCAGCUCAUCAGUGUCUAACAGAAUGUAUUCAGUAUUCAAAUAAAAUACAUUUAAUUUUAA